CAUGACUCAAACGUCAUGUACAGUGUGUCAAAUGUGGUGUCAAAAACCGAAAAACUGAAAAUCAAAAAACGAACGUUACAUGAUGUGGUCGGAUAGAUAUUUGAAAUAGAAAAUACGAAUUUUCAGCUGGAACUGAAUGAAAUAUUCUUAGUCAUACGCAAGAAACUGUAUUCACUUUAGUAUAACGCUUGAUGAAAUGGAUUCUUUCUAUGAUAUGCCUAGACGUGCUCCGGCACCGACACCAGUCGAAAAGUUUUUAGCUGCCCCUGCUGUUCCAGAAGUGUCUUUAUUCUGUCCUCCAGAUGGACAGGGACAGAUGAAUUAUAAUGCCUGGAAAAUGCAGCAGGUCCAAACUGGACAUUACACAGCAUCUUCUAAGGUUAACAUAUCUAAAAACUUUAAUAUGAACAGCAUGGAAAGUUCUAUCAUUUUGAAGAAACAAGUUCGAUUUGAAGGUCCUAUCUCACAUCCUCACCCAGUAGUUUCUUCUAAUACGAAGAUGCAUAAAAUUGGAAAAGAAAAUAUGGACCCUAGCGAUACAGAUCAUAAAAUACAUAGGCAACCUGCAAAUACAUUCGAACAGAUAUAUAUGGCCAAUAUACCUAACAGACAACUAGACUUGAGCCUAGUUGAUUUGCCAAAAAAUAAUUUCAACAAAACACAGGUUGCCAAUCUAGCUAGUAGAGAUAUAACCUUAGGCACAGUGUUGGUAGAAGACAGAAACCAGGAAAAUAAAUGUUUAAGCAACGACAAAUCUCAAGCUACUGAAGAUGAUAUUAAAAAGACUGAUAAAUUACCCAAAACUUACCAAGAGUUUUUAGAAAAACAGAAGAGAGUAGUGGAAAAUAAAAAGAUUGGAAGUGAUAACAGUGUGACCGACCUAUAUAAUUAUAAAAGAAGCCCAAUGAAGAUCCCUUCUCCAGUACUCGAGAAGAAAUAUGACAAAUAUUUCACAUCUAAUAGUGAAGAUAGGCCAAAGAUUGUAGACCAUAUCCAACCACAUAUUCCAGACAAUGAGCCAUUUUUUAAGGAACCAGCUCCAAGACGGCCAAACUCUCAGGAUUAUGAUUUUAAUCAUAAACUCUAUAAAACAAAGGAUGAACCAAUUUUAUCUCAUUGCAAGUGCUCACAUGGUGAGCAGAAAAUGUGCAGUGAUCAAAAGAAAAACAUCAUCAACAGUGAGAAUGAUCAAUCAGGACAGAUACAGAUUUCUCCACCAUCUUCAGAUGAGCCAACCAACAAAGACCUGUUAAAAAUAAUUGCUCAACAGAAUGAACAACUUUUACUUCUUCAAAAACAAGUGACUAUGUUAUUAUCAAGAGAACAAUCAAAUGCAAAGUCAAUUAUGGCUCCCCCAAAUAGGCCACAAGUCAUAGGUGAAAAGAUUAUGUCCAGUACGCAAACUGAACACUUUCACCAGCACGUGUAUACUCCAUCCAAGAAGAGAGGCCUAUCUAAAUUUUCUAUUGACAUGAUGACCAGCUUUGAGGUGGCCAUCAGACCUUCCCAGAAUAACAAGAAUCAAUUUUCUAAAAUCCAAGAGAUUACAGAGUCGGAAAGUACCUCUGAACCUGUGGAACCCUCUCUGAGAUUGGAAGGACCUCUCAGUGUUCCUGAAGAUUGUCCUAGUCCUGAACCCACAGUGAAUAUUGAAAUGCAAGGGUAUGAUAGUUCAGAUGAAGAUGGUACUCCAGAUAUAGGAGCUACAUUUUACAAGAAUUUGAUGGGACAAGUUAAUAAUAUUUUAAAGAGGGCUCAACAGAAAACAAAGGACAAUGCUAUCGAGGGAAAAAGAAUAAGUGAAAAAAAUGACAAGACAAUGCACAGAAUAAAGGAAGCUACCCUGAAGCAUUUGAAAAAUAUUGGUGUUACUAUUGAUAAUGAUGAUGAUGCAUCUAGUAGUAGUUCAUUUAGCGCUGCCAAUAGUAGUUAUUCACCAACAGAAGUAAGCUUUGCUGUGAAACAGUUACUGAUGAAAUAUCUCCCAGAUGAAGAACUAGCAAAAUUAGCUCAAAUUAAAAAGCCAACUAAUGAACCAGUUAUGGAGAAGAACGCUGUUGGUUGUAAUGUACCUCCACAAUUUUCUAUGGCUAGCAUAGAAUAUUUGAAGAAAUAUAAUAUCAUUCCAAACACAGAUAAUGAUAGCAGGCCUAGUCAGACUGCUCCACAGCAAAAAGAAAAUAGAAUAUUAGACCUAACAGCUCUGAAAAACCAACCAAAACUACUUUGACCAGCAAAAGCAAUGGGAUAUUAGACUUUUAAAACCGACAAAACCUAUUUGAAUUUGUUUAUUUCUAUGGUGUACCUAAUUUGCUGAAAUAUAUGCCAUUUUUUAUAUUUGUAUUAUAUAUCUUUUUAUUUUAUAAUAAAAACAAUAAAUAUCUGUACAA